CGUCCCGGUGGUGAAGAGAAAGGAAGUUGGGCGAGUUGACCCGAGUGGACUCACUCUCUGGAGUGGGUUUGUGUCUCUCUCCGCCAUUCUAUCAAAACCUCAGCUCCUUCAUUUUUCCUUCCCUCUCUUUGGAGCAGAGGGAAAUUUUCUCUCUCUCUCUUAUCUCAACACUCAAUAACACAAAACUUUGACAAACAAUACCACAAAUGUCUCACUCUGUCUUUCAAACCGCUCAAAUCAUGCCCAUAAAUACCCAACUGCUCCCUACUUCCACUAAACCCUUAUUUCCGGCCAUAGUUAUCCGGCGACCAGUUCUAGGGGUCGGCCGGAAGCUCCGUAAAAUUAACGUAAUUAGGGCAUCGACUUCCCCGGUGAUCAACGGCGAUGCCAUUGCCGGUUUGGAGCGGUGCUUUCAAGCUUCACCGGUUGAUUCUCCAUCAUCGUCCUCUUCCUCCGCUACGAAUAUGUUCGCCCCUGUAAUGAAAGGGGGAAAAUAUGGUGCUUUUGGUGCAGUUACGUUGGAGAAAUCGAAACUUGAUAUGACCCAGAAACAGACCCAGUCUAGCCCCGAGCUUUCAACCGGAGGAGGAGGUGGAAAUAUGGGAAAGAAUUUAAAUCAUGGUGGUGGUGAUGGAGGUGACGAUGAUGGUGAUGAUGAUGAUUACUUUGAUGACUUUGAUGAUGGUGAUGAGGGAGAUGAGGGUGGAUUAUUUAGGAGAAGAAUGAUACUACAAGAGUUGUUUGAUCGGAAAUUUGUUGAAGCCGUGCUAAAUGAGUGGCAGAAGACAAUGAUGGAUUUACCAGCUGGGCUUCGACAAGCCUAUGAAAUGGGUUUAGUUAGCUCUGCACAAAUGGUGAAAUUUCUUGCCAUUAAUGCCAGACCGACAACUGCUAGAUUUAUUUCCCGGUCACUUCCUCAAGGAUUAUCAAGGGCAUUCACUGGCAGGAUGAUUGCAGAUCCGGCAUUUGUAUACAAGCUGCUUCUAGAGCAAGCCAGUACAAUUGGUUGCUCAGUUUGGUGGGAGAUCAAAAACCGUAAGGAGAGGAUAAAGCAGGAAUGGGAUCUUGCCCUUCUUAAUGUGCUUACUGUAACGGCAUGCAACGCUAUUGUUGUUUGGUCACUUGCUCCUUGUCGUUCAUAUGGAAACACAUUCCAGUUUGAUUUGCAGAACACAUUACAGAAGCUUCCAAACAAUGUCUUUGAAAAGAGUUAUCCACUAAGAGAAUUCGACUUGCAGAAGAGGAUUCAGUCCUUUUUCUAUAAGGCUGCAGAGCUCUGUUUGGUUGGUCUCACUACAGGAGCUUUCCAAGGGGCUGUAUCGAAUCUUGUUGUCACUAAAAAGGAGGGAAGGUUGUCGGUGACAAUACCAUCUGUGAGCAGUAAUGCACUUGGUUAUGGUGCCUUCCUUGGUCUUUAUGCAAACCUGCGUUAUCAGCUCUUGUGUGGAUUUGACAGAGCUGUAGUUAACCACUUUGAUGUUAUUGGAGUGGCUCUCUUCUUCAGCACUGCCCUGAGGGUCUUGAAUGUUCAAGUAGGAGAGGCAUCAAGACUAGCAUGGCUCGGUGUGGAGGUGGAUCCACUGGCCCAUUCAGAUGAUGUCUUGAAGGCUUAUAGUAGACCCACUGAGGGUCUUGAUCAGCCUUCUUCAAAAUGGUUCUUAUCCAAGAAUGCCAUAGUUUCGGGGCUUGGGCUUCUUGGGAUCAAACAGGGUCAGACUGACUCAGCUUCUGAGGGGGAAACACCAGCACCUAAGGCUCGGAGAAAAAGAAUAGUCAGGAAAAAAGUAACAAGUCAAGCCUAGGUGGUUGACAAAGCAGUCAUCAAUCACUGUUCAAUUUUGCAGCCUGAGAAUUUAAUAAGCAUCGAGUGUUUGAUUGAAAGCACAAAAUGAAGACAGCUUAGAUGCAAGUCUGGUCAUGAGCAUUGCCAUGUCCACUACAGCAGAAGGUGAUUAACUGUACUAGGAUGAUGGGGAAGCACUCUUCUCAAAUUCUUGCCUUCGUUUCCAAAUCUUCAUGAAUCACUGAUUUGCGUGAGAUUACUUUGGCUAUCAUUAAAAUAUGCGAGGCUGAACUUUUAAAAUGAAUUCCAUAGUUAGGACUAGUUAUAUUGCUGCAAUCCUCUUACAGUCUGCUUUUAGUAUAUCAAUUUCUUAUCCCUGUUGCCUCUUUUGAUGUUCUUGGCUGAGAUGCCCAGCUUAAACCAUAAAACUUGUUUGCUCAAUUGAAGCUAGUCCCACAUUUUUUGUUCUCUUCAA